CCCACUCCUGGUGCAAAGUCAUAGGACAUAGGCGAAUUCCUUUUCUUUCUGUUACUUUGUCUUUUUCCGCGUGGGACAGACACUGCUGUGGGAAAACGCGGAUCUCCACGAUGUUCUGCUCCAGGAGAGUCCUGCAGCAGUGGUGCUUCGCUCUUUUCCUACUCUGCUCCCCGGUGCCGCACUUUGGACGGCCAAUUGAUGCCCUGAGCAGCAGAAUGAAACGCUCUGUGACUCACGCUCAGCUGAUGCACGACAAAGGCCGGACACUGCAGGACUUUAAGCGUCGCAUGUGGCUUCAGGAGCUUCUGGACGAAGUCCACACGGCGGAGAUCCGAGACCUUCCCGUCCGGACCACCGGGGGAGGCGGAAGCAGCAGCGGCGUCGGGCUGCCGGGCGUCGGCCUGGGCAUCAACCUGAGCACCACCGGCAGCACCCUGCACUCCAAACCCCCCGGGGGAACCAAGAACCUCCCCAUCAGCUUCAGGCUGGAGGAGGAGGAGGGCACCAACCUGCCGCAGGAGACCAACAAGUCUCAGACGUACAAAGAUGGCGUCCUCAAAGCACCCGGCAAGAAGAAGAAGAAAGGGAGGUCCGGGAAGAGGAGGGAAGGAGAGAAGAGGAAGAGGAGGGCGCGUUCGCUGGGCUGGAUGCUGGAGGACGAACCCGGGAGCGGGCUCCACCUGGAGUGGCGGUCUCUGCUCGGCCUGCGGAGGGCGCUGCUUUAAAACGCUGUCAGUCUCUGACAAAGGAACCUACGGACAGUUGGAG